CUGUUUGAUUAUAAUUCUGCGGGAUGGGGAAUGAGAAUAACGUAUUACGCAGUGUGCGUAUGAGGCUAGUAUCAAUUAAACAAGCAAACAUUGGACGAUAGUUACUAACUAUGCAAACAACAACAUCGACUGGACAGACCAUGAUACCUUUAUAAUUGAAUGUAACAACAGAGAAAGAUCUCAUUAUAAGAUGUGCAGAAAUGACGACGACAACUUCCUGGAUCUUUAUACACAGUAUGAUAUGAAUGCGAGGCUGAUGGAGAACAUCAGGAGCAGAGGAACACCUGCUAAUAAUCAGACCAAGAUGAGGAAAAACACACUGCGUGUAGGGAUAAAAGUCGUCUUCUUGCUAAGUUUCGCCGUUCUAAGCUUCUACCUUGGAUGGCAUGCAGUACCACGGUCUGCCGCGAAGAGAGAGAGGGCCAUCCCAUAUAAAGCUCCUGCGGCCAGUCCGACUGCUGCUAGUCUCUCAAACAAUGGUAGACUACCUUUACAAAUCGACAAAUGUAGAGAAAACUCAACGACUAGAAAGCCUACUCCGACCCAUUCUAGGCCUAGACCAAGACCUCGAAUCAUAUUGGCCACAACCAAUAAAGCCUUCUUGGACUUUACAGAGAACUGGAUUGAGAGCCUAAAGCGAUGCAACGUCAGGGACCACGUGACUAUAAUAGCUGAAGAUCCUUCCACAUAUGAAAUCCUAGCCAAGAGACAUGAUAUCAAUCUAGAACUAUUGCUGACGAGUAAAACCAACUUACCUGACAGUGAUCUUGCUUUCGGAUCACAAGACUAUCUUCGUUUAGUUAACAAAAGACCCAAUUAUAUUCUGCGGUACUUACAAAGGGGCACCGACGUCCUCUUUUCAGAUGUGGAUACGGUAUGGCUCAAGAACCCCUUACCGUUCUUCGAGGGCGGUUACGAUUUGUACUUCGGAAGGGACAUCUACGACGAUCAGACGAAACCGGACUUGGUGUGUGCGGGUUUCGUGUACUACCGUGCCACCAAAGCUACGACUGAUUUAAUUGUUAAAUGGAUCCAACGCAUCCACGCUCGACCCGAGAUACCUGAUCAACAACUACUGAAUCAUUUGUUACGUAACAGAACUAUUCGAAAUACACUCAAAUUGAAAUAUCUGGAUCAAAGACAGUUCCCAAAUGGAAAUGAUUAUUUUAAUGUGGAAUGGAGAGAGAAACAUGCCAACAUAGAACCGAUCGUUGUACACAACAACUGGAUAAAAGGACAUGAUAUUAAGAUAGAAAGGUUUAAGAAUGCUAGCAUGUGGUAUUUAUGAUAUUUAUAAAGACCCCCCCAUCCGAUGAAAAUAAAAUAUAUAUAAAGGAAUACAAAUAAUUUCCCUUUCAGUAUUGCACAAAAGUAAAUUAAAACCUCCUUUUUCGCAUCUCUCCAAAUUAAAAUUUAACAGGGGUACAAUUUGACGCAGUUACAUAAAAUGUGGACCCGAUUGGCUCGCUGAUGUUGCCGAGGUGAUGACCCGUGUUAAAUGAAUUAAAAUUCAUUGUGAAUAUAGGUACUGAUGAUGUCAUCAAGUCUAUAGGUAGUCGUUAGGUUUUCAAAAGCUAAAUAGAUGUCGAGUUAUUAGAGAGCUGUUACUCCUCUGACAGGCACUGAACUUUCUGUUGAUAUUUAAUUCAAAUUUAAUUUCCCCUUUCCGACAGGGUCUUUAAUCGAACAACUAGUGCUGUAAUCAGGUAUUUCACGUAGUACGUACAAUUUUGUAAAAAGAUGUUUAUUUAAAAUAGUAUCAUAAAGUUGGGGUUUCUGUGAGGGAGAAGAAUUUAAAGAGUUUUAUGAUAAUAUUACUCUAUUUCGGACAACCAUAUAGGCCGACAUGCAACUCCAUAUUUUAGCGUUCUUAAUCAGUUUUCAAUAAAUCGCUUGGCAGUGUUCAUUCCUUUCCACGGUAUAGCGCAUUUGGGUAGGAUAUUUUAUAAUGAAAGUUCUGGACAGGCCUGUAUGGAUAUUAAAGGGAAAGUCCACCCCCAAAAUAAGUUUGUUUCGAUAGAGGCAGAAUAAUAAGAAAAUC